AUGGAGACCCAGACUGUGCAGCGGGAGCUGGAAAGCCUUCCAACCACCAAGAUGGCUCAGACCAACCCUAUGCCGGGGUCCCUGGGGCCAUGGAAGAUAACCAUCUAUGACCAAGAGAACUUCCAGGGCAAGAGGAUGGAGUUCACUAGCUCUUGUCCAAAUGUCUCUGAGCGCAGUUUUGAUAAUGUCCGGUCCCUCAAGGUGGAAAGUGGCGCCUGGAUUGGUUAUGAGCAUACCAGCUUCUGCGGCCAACAGUUUGUCCUGGAGAGAGGAGAAUACCCUCGCUGGGAUGCCUGGAGUGGGAGUAAUGCCUACCACAUUGAGCGUCUCAUGUCCUUUCGCCCCAUCUGUUCAGCUAAUCAUAAGGAGUCUAAGAUUACCAUCUUUGAGAAAGAAAACUUUAUUGGACGCCAGUGGGAGAUCUCUGAUGACUACCCCUCCUUGCAAGCCAUGGGUUGGUUCAACAAUGAAGUUGGCUCUAUGAAGAUACAAAGUGGAGCCUGGGUUUGCUACCAGUAUCCUGGAUAUCGUGGGUAUCAGUAUAUCUUGGAAUGUGACCAUCAUGGAGGAGACUAUAAACAUUGGAGAGAGUGGGGUUCUCAUGCCCAGACUUCCCAGAUCCAAUCGAUUCGCCGAAUCCAACAGUAGUGGAUUAAAAGCUCCAAGUAAGAGAAUUCCUAACGCAUGAGACCCUUGCUAAGCACUAUAGAAUGAGUUUUAUGUUCUGCUCACAGACACUGCUUUCAAAUGUUAGCUGCUGAAAUCCACAAUAAAUGUCAUUUAAAAAAAAACAAAACUUUGUAGACUGAAUUAACUACCAUGCUUUACACUAAUCACAUUUACAAGGCUGAGAAUAUUUAAACAUAACCUUCAAAAGAAUCCCAAAUUCCCGUUUGUGUCCUUGGAAGUCACUUACCCUGGGCCAUGUUAAUCUCUAUCUUAAAAAACAAUGAAGUAUAUAACCCAAACAUUAUCAGUCUCAACACUAAAGGAUACACUUUUGGUAAAUGUUUUUGUGUCCUUUCUCCCUAUCCCCUACUCUAAUAAUGUUGAAGUUAAUUAGCAUUGAUUUUUUUUCACCUGUGACCAAUCAGUGCUAAAGAAACAUAAAGAAGUUGGGUGUGGUGGCUCAUGUCUAGCAUUCUGGGAGGCCAAGGCCGGUGGAUUGCCUUGAGCUCACAGGUUGGAGACCAGCUGGAGCAAGAGGGAGACCCCCAUCUCUAAAAAUAGCCAGGCACUGUGACGGGCACCUGUAGUCCCAGCUACUUGGGCGGCUGAUGCAAAAGAAUUGCUCAAGCUUAAGAGUUGGAGGUUGCUAUAAGCUAUGACGCCACGAAACUCUACCCAGGAUGACAAUGAGACUGUCUCAAACAAACAAAAAACCAAAACAAAACAUGUGGUUUCUCCAGUGUGUAUAUUUCUACAUAGUUAUGAAUAAAUUGAGUCUUGGCAGCUCUACAUUCUAGUUGCUUAAUUGCUUAGCUCAGUUUUGGUUUCUUAUUUCCGAAGACAGACUGGAAAAGCAUUAAGGCUCAAUGUUUUGCAAAAAAGCAGGAUAGCUACUCUCAUAGCUUAUUUUUCAAUAAACACACUAAUUCUAAGCACUGUAACAAAAACAAACGAAACAGAAAAAGACGCAAGACUAUAGUACAUUUAAGACUUAAAUUCUCUGCACACGUUACCCUUUGGAAAAAAAUCAUAAAUUACCAAUGUCACAAUUUUAACUUAGCUUUUAGUAAAGACUUUUUAAAAAAAUUAAAGCACACAAAAGACCUCAGAAACUUGAAAAUUUUUUAUUCAACAAUGUACACUUAUUUUGUCUCUUAAUUUGAUUCUACAAAUGUCUCAAGUUUUUCUUCUGAUAAAAUAGGUAAAUCUGGGUUGUAGAGUAUUUGUAAUUUUUAUUUUUAAAACACUGAACAUGAAGUAAGACAUCAAUAAAGGAAGUUCAUUAUGUAACUGACUUCCUCAGAAUCCAUGACAUCAGAAACAGCUAAGCAUUUAGCAAAAGGGUAAAUUUUCUGGUCACUGUUCUCCUAUCUAGAAAAGACCUAUAUCUUUUUGGGCAAAACAAGCAUUCAAACUUUUUUGAGAGGGGAGAAGGGAAAAUCCUCUAACAUAACUGUACUACACUAGUUAUUCUUUCCUUCAGAUUAAGAGGUAACUCAACUCCUAAGUGCCUAUGUACACAAGACACAGAAAUUACUCCUCCAAUAUGCUCUAGGACUGAAGACCGCAAACUACUGACAGAUGUGAGAGAGUAGCCAGUAGCCAAGAUAAUGCUUGCUACACUUGUACAUGUCUGGGUUUUAAGGCCAUGCAUCAUUAUUGGCCACCUUUCCAGUGUCCACUAGACAACUUAGUUUUUAACAGCCACUAUCAAUUAAGGUACUGAAGGGUUUUGCUGUGUUUUCGAAAUCAGUAACAUACAUCAAGACUACAUUUGAUGACAGAGGAGUAACCCUCUUCUAUACAUUGUAAAAGCUAUAAAAUUGAAUUUUUUUACAUCUAGGAGCAUAGGGUAAACCAUUAGUAAUAUAUUCUACUUAAACUUAUUAGCCUCUCCUAAUAAGGUUUUAAAAAAAUUAAAAAAAAAAAAUCUUUUAAAAGAUGAUUUCACAAGACCUGGUCAGUACUCUACACAAUCUUUUAAGUACACACAUGUGUGAAGUAAAGCUAGUCAGUACAACAAUGCAGACUGCAGUGACUGAGCCAAUUUGUCCAAUUUCUAAACUUGGGUCUAAUCAGCUUGGGGCAAAACUUACAUACAACCUGUGCUUUGAUCUAUCCACAACUGGGUGAUUCUAAUCUCAAACCAAUCAUUUCGUAAACCAAAUUUACACUAAAGGGAAGGUAAAAAGGCUAUCUACCUUUCUGCCAGAUUUAAGACAUAAAAUUGUCACCGAGACCCAUGUGACAAAGAUCAGUUUGAAUUACUUCCCAUUUCUAGUUGCUGAAUAACACAGUAUUUCAAUAUUUCACUGAGAAGAGCACCCAGUGAUUUGUAAAGCUGAUAAAACUGCCCUGUUUCAAGGAAAGCCCUUUAAUAGAUAUAAGCUCUAAAAUAAACUGAACUUCAUUAAAAUAGAUGACAGUUUUCCUCUCUUCUAGUUCCAAUGAUGAGCCAGUCUAGACUUACAACUUUAAGCUGUUUUCAAAGAUGGUAAAGCAAUGUAAUAAGGACAGAUAGGUCACUUUUGGUAAUGACACACAGAUUGAACUUUCAAAACAUGUGCAUAGCUUUAUUCAUCUACUUAGAUCUAACCUUUUCAUGGAGCUUCAGCAAAAUUCGAGUGUGCAAAAUGCAUUUCUAAAACGUAAUGCAAGCAAAGCUUUUCACAUUUACACUGGCAGGAAAUACAGAGAAACUAACAAGUCACAUUAGGGAGAGUUCAGUUCUUUUUUUCUUUUAAUGACAAGAAUUGCACAGUUUAUUAUUUUGAGACAAUUGUUGCAGACAUAAAUAUUUAAAAAUUUCUAAGCAAGGUGCUUUAACAAUAAAAAAUUUUUAAGUUGGAAAGAGCCAGUAACUUAGAUCAUAGCUCACACAGAAUUUCAAAUUAAAGUGGACUCCAUUAUCUCCCUAGGUUUUGCAAACAAUGCUUUUUAUAACACUUUUUAAAAUAACACUAAAGGAGACAGCAAGCUGAAACUUUUUCAAAGCACACAGGAAAUGGUGUCAUCACAUUACUUGAAGGUGCUGAGGGGGGAAGAAAAGGGAGUGAAGAAUCCUUUUACUAUUUCCCACUACUUAACAGCCACUAACAGACUAAGAACAA